AUGGCACCAAUAAUGGCAGUGCACGAACAAGCACUGGAUUACGUGAAGAAUCAACUGGCACAAUAUGAGCGUCCAAUGAAAAAACACAAAACAGGAAAAGAGCCAACACUGAUAUGCCACAUGAGCAAUAAUCAACUACGAACAGCUAUUUACAAAGCAGCCCAGAAACGAACAUGUUUGUUCCGAACGGUUGAAAAUUUGUGCUAG